GCAGUCCGCAAGCAUCUCUCAGAAACGCAACGCGUGAGGGAUGCGGUCACACCCCCUCGUCUUGUCUCAUUACGCCCCCGAGAGCCGUGGGCGAACAACAAUACUUGAGGAGUUUGAUGCAGCAUCCAAAAUCAGAUGGAGACCACAUAAUCUCUAAACCGACACACGAGAUAUUAUCAGCACCCUCAGGAUUUUAACUAUGGAUGAAGACGGAGACACAGACUGAGGGGAAAAUAACGGGGGUCCAUUUAAAAUGACACGUACGGACCCUCCUGACAUAUUAACAUCAACUUUGUAUGAAGACAUAAAUAUUGGCCCUAACUCUGGGCUCUCAAAGUAUUCUGGAUCUUCGAAGCAAUGUGAUUCACAAAUGGUUGGCCCACUGGAUCAAAACUUCGAAACAAUUAACAAAAGACAUUGCCGAAGCUUUGACUUCAUCGAGUCACUGGAUGACCCAAAGGACAUUUCAUCGUCCAUGGAGUAUCCUUACAGGUCUGAACAGCAACCAGUAAAUAAGGAUGCAGUCUGGAAUGGCAUUGGGCAGCAGGGACACCUACGUUUUUCCUCACCAGAUCUGUUCAACUCGAGACUGUCCCAUCAAAUCAGUACAGACAAAAGCAAUGAGACAGCAAGGGCUAGUGUUCAUGGCAAGCCUCGCUCAAAAAGUACACCUAGAGUUCGAGCCACCCUAACCCCAGUACCCAUCACAGUUUCUCCUCCUGCAACCACAAGGCGUCGAUCUCCAGUGGACCCUCAAAAAAGAAUAGAAGGUUUGCCAAACCGAGAAGCCUCCCACUCAAGCAGGGCUUUAGUUAAUGAGGUUCAUCCGAUAAAGUUACAACCACACACACCCCUCUAUGUUUCUGAUUGUUUUGAGGAAAACAGACAAGAAAAACAAGCUAACACUCCCCAUGUCAGGUGUCGUGUUGAUAUUAAGCCAGAUGCCUCAGUUCUCCAGCACACAGCACGGAAGAUACCUACUCAAAGAGGUAAUGUUCCCUGGCAGCUUUCCUCAACAUCAUCAAUCAGAAAUGUCUCAUUUCCAAGUCAGACAUCCACUUCAAGAACACCAACCCCUAGUGAGUGUUACAACAUGGACUACAGGCAAGCAUAUCAGUAUCCCAACAGCUUGUCAAGUAGUUACAUUCAUUCUGGUGAGAUCCCUUUUGGAAGGACCUCUCCUAGAGAUCCAAGGGAGUACAGAACAUUGUCUAAUCCUAACAUCCCUACCAAGUUCUUUUACACAGAUGAUCCCUGCAGGUAUCCCAUUCAGCCACCUAGGACUUAUUAUCAGGAUGACCAGUACAGUGUUAUCAGCAGUACCAGCCAAAAUCCCUCUGUCAGUAGUCAGUAUGUACUUGACCCAAGAACUCGCUGGGUUCAUACUUUACCUGUGCGUUCGUACUAUGCAGAUUCCCAUCGGGAACCCUUGGAUCCAUUUUAUGGUAGACCAUAUUCAGUGAGUGAGCCAGGACCAUACUUCAUAUCCACCCCUCAGAGUGAAACAUACUUUCAGGAUGACCCAAGAACAUAUGGAUUUCCCUCUGAUCCAUCAAAAAUGUUCUAUACACGGCCUUGCCAUUACCCAGCAGAAGUACACAUUCCUAUGAGAGGAUAUCAUACAGAGGGACGACGGCGACCACAUAUGUCUCAGGUCUUUUCAGAUGACUUGCACCGGUCAAGCAUUGCUACAUAUUCUAGCCAGUAUGCAUCCUCACAGGCCACUCCUCAGAGGGCACCGUCAAUAAGUUCUUGGUAUCCCAAUGACUUUACCGAGCCAAGUCGCUUAGGAACAGAUAUCCGGAAUUUCUCUAAAUCCUGGGACAACAUUCUCACUCCUCAUAUGGACAGAGAAAUUGGUGUUUCACGAGGCAGGAGUUACGAGAACCUUCUCCAUCAUGGAAGAUCAGGAGUUCCUUCAAAUGACAGUCAACAGCCAGUUAUUGUGAAUCUGUCUAGUUCGCCAAGACGUUAUGCUGCAUUGUCCCUCUCUGAAAAUUGUCUCGAAAAGUGUGCUGGUGAUAGACAAAAUAGUGCAAGAGGGCAAUGGUUUGUAACCCCAGAGAUUACUAUAACUGACAAUGACAUCCGUGCAGCAAACAGCAACAAGAGAAAUGGGGGAACAAGCAGCUGGAAAACAGGCUCAAAUACAGGCCAAUGCCAAACAGACAACUUGCAUAACUUACAGAGACCAGCAAACCCAUCAGAAUCCACAGAGAGGAAGAACAAUAAUUACUCCCUGCAGCAAAGCCUCGAACAGCUUGAUGAGCUGCUAGCCGACCUAGUCAUUGAUUACAAACCUCAAAAUAGCAGGAGACCAAGCAAGGAUCUUAUAGACCAACUCAAACUAUUGAUUCAAGAUGAUGAGACCAAAGAAAGCAAAAGGGAAAUGGACCAAGAUGAUUCCGGACUUUUGAACACACAAACUGACUCAUCAAAGACUAGCCCGGAUACAUUCAAAGAUCAAGAUAGUGGUUGUGAGGGUUUUCCUCGUUGUGUUGAAGAAAUUCCUUUGAACCAUAUUGCAGAGGAGGAUGACACUAUGGUGUGCUCCAACAAAAAAUGCUUACGUAAAGACACUACAUUUAAUGCCUCCUUGUACUUCAAGUCCUGCCACAGCUGUUAUACUUACUACUGUUCUAGAAACUGUAGACGGGAAGACUGGGACACACAUAAAGAGAACUGUCUUUAUGGCCGGAUCAGUAGUGUUUGUAGGCACAUACUAAAACACUGUCGAGAGGAUUUGGAUAUUCAUAAAGCAUUCUCACGCAUUGCCAGAGUAGGGUAUCUGUCCCGCGGGAGAGGCGUUCUCUUCCUGGGUUUUCCAAACCCUGGGUGUGCGGAUAACUUUCUUCAAGUUGGUCUUGACAGCCUAACCAUCUCUCCAACAUAUUUGUCCCUUCGAGAGUUAGACAGUUUCAAAGACAACCUAGGGCCAUACUGCAAAGAAUUGCAGAAUGCAGGCAAGGAAUAUGACCCUACUGAAUGUUUCCUACUGAAUGUAUCCAUUGCUGUCGGAGACCUAGUGCCUAAACUUCCUUCACCUAAAUUACAAAUGCCAACAGUUCGCAAGUAUGCGAAGGUCUCAUUGGCCUCCUCAAGCCCAGAUAAGAAAAUCUUCAAGAAAGAAUGUGAAAUGGAGACUCUGAUUCUCACUCCUCCUCCAGGAACAUCUGACAUAGACAAGGAUGGCCAAGAGGGCAGGAAAGCACGAGAGAUUUGCUUCAUUAAUAUCCAAAGGGAGCUUCGAACCAGAGGUGUAUUUCUUCGUCAUGAGUUCCCACAAAUCUACAACCAGCUUUGCGAGUUUGUUGAGAGCAACAAAAGGUUCACCCCCACCACCAUUUAUCCCAUUGACAAGAGAACUGGGAAACAGUUCAUGUGUAUGAUCAUGGCAGCGUCUGAACCAAGGAUGCUAGAUUGGGUUGGUGCACCACACCUUCUAGAUGACAUUAUAUAAUCCUAUGCAUUCAGUAGUAUCAAGCUUUUGCUGUGUAAAAAUAAACGACUAAUGUUUUUAGAUAUGUAUUUUAUUAGUGAGAGUUUUCUCUGUCUGGCACUAAAAUCUAGAAUUAAGAAGAAUUGCUUAUGGGAUAAAAAGCUAUGUACAGUACUUAUUAGAAUAUUUGAGCAGUUUUGCUUAGUCUUAAAAUCUGUUUCUGUCUGCCCAGUCAGAAGCUUUUUUGCAUUUUUGUGCUGACAUUUUUGGCCAAGAAGUUCUGCAUAAUACAUUAAUGGUGUUAAAGAGUAGGAAUACUUUUAAAGCCUGCUUUAUACUUCUGCAUUGAGUGAUCGGAGUGACCCACGGCACCUGUCUUGCACGUUGCCAUGCAUUUAUACUUCUGCAUGCUGUUUGUGUUGCUCUGCAAUAACAAUUUCCAAGCAAAGGGUUUUAUUUUCCUCUGUGUCGAGCUUUUUUGCAGGUGUUUUGUUUUUUCUAAACGCUACCUUUAUGUACAAGUAGCUCAAACUUGCUCAUUUUGAGGUGGGAACUUGAGAAUGUGCAACAACUUUGAUCAUAAGGUAAACACAAAACAAAACUAUCCAUCUGAAGCUUCUUCACGGGACUCCACACUUGUAAACACUCGCUCCAAUAGGUUUGUGUGGCUCUUGGUCCCUCCCACACUCAACACCGCUACCAAGCCGACCAAUCACAGAGCUUGCGAUACGUGUCACUGUGAUGUGUAGUUACAUUUUUUGAGAGGUUCGCAUAGAGCAAUUGUUUACAAGCGUCAAGUCCUAUAAAGAAGAUUCAUAUGGAAGCUUUUGUUUUUGCUUACCUUAUGAUUAAAGUUGGUGCAUGUCUGCUGGUUCCCGCCUCUGAAUGAGCAAGCUUUAGCUACUUGUACAUUGAGGUAACUUUCAGAAAAAAUAAAAAACCUGCAAAGAAACUCAACACAGAUAAACAUAACAUAAUUUACUGCCAGCUAGCAUUUCUGAAGAUGGUAUUGCAGAGCGCAGCACACAGAAAUAUAAAUGCAUGGCUACACACUAGGCAGGCACCAAGGGUCACAGCAAUCAUGCACAAGUACAAACCAGCCUUUUUUAGUAAUGCUCAAAUUGGCUUAAAUAUUUAUUAAACAGAAUGUUGGGAGAUGUGUAGAACUUUGUUAAUGACAGGUGUUACAAAUCUGUGGAAACUGUUGAACUUUCUGUGGAUUAUAUAUGGCCCUGCUUAUGACUAUAUUUCUUGUGCUAAUAUGUUGCAGUGAGGAUCUAACAACUAGGAACCAUUGGAGAACCUCUGGAGAAAGUCUCAUUUUCUCUUGCAAUACAAUAGCGUCUAAAAGUCAUUGUCUUUAGCCCCUUGAGAGGAUAAAAUGCACUUGCAUGGAGAAUGCAUGCUGGCAAGGAAAAUGCAAAUUCACCUAACAAUUUGCAAUGAUUUUUCAUUUCAUCAAAAUAAAUAAUAUUCACUAAUUAUGAUCAGUAUGGCAGAAAAGCAAACACGUCAGGUACAUUUUUUAUAGUCAAAUAAACUGCUUGGAAAGUUUCUCUGUAUUGUACAUGGCAACUGCUUUCUGUAUUGUAUUCAUGAGGCACUAUAUCUAUUCAUAUGGUUAAAUCAGCUGGAAUUGUUAACAACUAAUUUUACAUGACAGAAAAUCCUUUGAGUUAAGCAUAUGCAAAGUAAGAUACUAAUUUAUUCAUUUGACAUGAUCAUUUUUGUUCAUUUUUCAUGGUUCUGUAAAGUUUUAAUCUUAUGUGUUUCUAUUGAAACAUCUAUUGAACUAUAUCUGUUAAAACUGAUGAACAUGUAUAUAAAAUAUGCUAUUGAUAUUUUAAUCUUUAUAAUGUCUGACAAAACUUAGAGGCCUAUAUUUGAAAUGUACUAUUUAAAUAUAAAAUAUAAAAUUAGUAAAAAAAAAAAAAAACGAUCUAAGCAACGUGUAUAACACUGCUGUAAGCAAGAUUGUGUUAGAUAUAGCACUUUACUAAACUGCUGAGGGAAAACAUAUUAAAAAACAAACCGUUUAGAUAAUGUUAUCAACAGCAUGCACACUCUUUACCGCAACAACCAGUUUCUUUCUGUAUUUUUGUCAUUUUUAUGCCAUUAUUUAUUGAUUGAUUUAUUUAUCCAGUUCAUCACUUGUGUUCUGUUGGAAAGUGCUGCUUUUUUCUGUACUAUGGUCAAUAAAUUAAACACCCAAAAUUCC